ACUUUCUAGUCGUUUCCUGCGUGUGACCUAAAACGUCCUCCAAGUUAUUCAAUCCACUCCGGAGAUCAUUUCGGCCUAAUAGGGACUUAAAUCAUGGGUUUCGAAAACAAAAUGAUCGCGUACGACGACCCCGACGAGGAGGAGACACCAGAAGAAGAAGAGGAGGAGGAAGAGGAGGAAGAAGACCUGGUGGACCCCCUGGAUACACUACGGGAGAAGUGUGAGCAGACAGAGCACUGCGUGCACUACAAGGAGCGUCUGGAGACGUGCGAGGCCAGGGUGGGCGCCAGGUCCAACACCAAUGAGGAGUGCACCGAGGAGCUGUUUGACUUCCUCCACGCCCGGGACCACUGUGUGGCACACAAGCUGUUCCACAGCGUCAAGUGAACCUUCUGCCUUGUCCAGUCUCCGUUGGUUAUGUCCACUGAUUCGGGGAAGUGGUUUAAAAUGCUAGAGUUGUACAAUACGUUUCAGGGAAAUUGUUUAACCGUCAGUUUAUUUUGAAAACACUUGACUUGAUAUUCCAAGUCAUAAUAAAAUAAUUUUAUGAUCAA